CUUCUUCUUCCUUCAUCACAACCAAAUCUCACAUUCACAUUCUCCACAAGAAGUAACCAUCUGAUUUCGUUAUGGCUCGCACCAAGCAAACCGCCAGGAAAUCAACCGGAGGCAAAGCCCCAAGAAAGCAGCUCGCGACCAAAGCGGCGAGGAAAUCAGCUCCGGCCACCGGAGGAGUGAAGAAGCCGCACAGGUUCCGUCCAGGAACGGUGGCGCUGAGGGAGAUCAGGAAGUACCAGAAGAGCACCGAGCUUCUGAUCCGCAAGCUCCCCUUCCAGCGUCUGGUCCGCGAGAUCGCUCAGGAUUUCAAGACGGAUCUGAGGUUCCAGAGCAGCGCCGUCGCCGCUUUGCAAGAGGCUGCGGAGGCUUACCUCGUUGGGCUGUUCGAAGACACGAAUCUUUGCGCGAUUCACGCCAAGAGGGUUACGAUCAUGCCGAAGGAUAUCCAGCUCGCGAGGAGAAUCCGUGGCGAAAGAGCUUGAAGACUCUUAUGCAAUUGAUUUGCUUGGUUCCUAUGAUGUAGAGCUUGUCUCGUUUUCUUUUUAAAAUUUGUGUUCGAUUAGGAAGUAACUUUAUUAAAACAGUCCUGAAGGUGUUCGACGAAAAUUCUCUUGUUUAAUAUUAGUUAUGUUUGCCCAAUGAUGUCGAUAUGUUUUUGCUA